GCCAUGGCAGCGGCUGGUCGCACGGCUGGGCGGAGGGAAGAUGGCGGUAACCGGCUGGUUGGAGAGUCUGCGGACCGCCGAGAAGACGGCGCUGCUGCAGGACGAUCCCUUGAUGUGCAAGGCGCAAGGUAAGAAGAGGCGUGAAGGUAAGGCACUCUCUGCUUUGUGCGUAGGGAGAAGGAAGGUGCACUAUUUGUUCCCAGAUGGAAAGGAAAUGGCCGAAGAAUAUGAUGAGAAGAUGGGCGAACUACUUGUGAGAAAGUGGCGAGUGAAAAGUGCCUUGGGAGCCUUGGGCCAAUGGCAGAUUGAGGUGGGAGAGCCAGCACUCCCAGGCGCAGGGAGCCUGGGGUCUGAAUUCAUCAAGGAAGACAAUGCCAAUCCCAUCUUCAUGCGCAAGGACACCAAGAUGAGCUUCCAGUGGCGGAUUCGAAACCUCGCCUACCCUAAGGACGUCUACAGUGUCUGUGUGGACCAGAAGGAGCGCUGCAUCGUUGUCCGAACAACCAACAAAAAGUACUACAAGAAGUUCUCCAUUCCCGACCUAGACAGAUACCAGCUACCUCUGGAUGAGUCCUCGCUGAGCUUUGCUCAUGCCAACUGCACCCUGAUCAUCUCUUACCAGAAGCCAAAGGAGGUCCUGGCGGCUGAGUCAGAGCUUCAGAAGGAGCUAAAGAAAGUGAAGCUGGCCCACAGCAGUGACGGGGAGUGUAAGACCCAGUAGCGGAGCAUCUCUGAGCCUGCACUUCCGGCAGCAUGGCGGGUGGAUGAGGCUCUUCCGGACUUUGUGGCUUGGGCCUUUCUGGUGCAGGGGUAUGUCCUCUCUUCCGUGAGCUGUCCAGGCUCUGUGAGAACUGGGCCUUGGGGUGCUCCUCGCCCCUAUAUCAUGGUCUGAUCUCCCAAGUAAAGUCAUUCUGAGUCACUGUU